AUGACCGACGAAGACACGAGCCGGAUCGGGGGGAGGGACACGCAGGUGCCCUCCCGGCUUCUGCUGCCGUGGGUCUUCGUCGCCGGUGAAGGGCUCGAUGAAGAUCUGGCGACGCAGAUGCGGGCGAGCCGGAUCAGGGACGUAGAUAUGGACAUCGACGUGGAUGCUGGUGGUCGGCGAGAACCAGGAGCCGGGAGCGACGGCGUGGCGGCGGUCCUCAGAGGCGGCGGUCCGGCUCCCUGGUCACGUGGGGGGUCACAGGUGUUGGUGAGGGCAGUCGGCGGAGGGGUGUUGUUGGUGAGAGCGGUCCUCCUCCCAAGUCUGACCAUCGGCUCGGGUCUGGUGACAGCAAUCCCUGCCGUCUUGCCAUGCUCCUCACGAGGAGCACACCAUCAGAGUGAUUCUGCAGAAGGAUUCAUUCUAUUGGCGCGCCGAGCUGGUGAAGGAGCUCUAAUAAGCCUAGCACGCACUUCAGUCAUAAGCCAAGUGAUUGAAAAAGAGUCAGGCAAUGCAUCAUAUCCCGUGCCAUCAGCCCUUGGGAACUUCCUUUAUCCGAACAAUGCAUCUUCUGGACCUUAUACAGAAUUUAGUGGAAUUGUCCAGCCUCAGCAGAAUUUCAUGGAACUUACUGGUCAUCCUUCAGCAAUGUCGCAUGAUUCAUCAUCCAAUGAAGCUACUAACAUGGGCACUUCACUCACAGAGCAGCACUCUUUUGGUCCUUUGAAAGAUAUGAGAAAUGAGAUGUUGAUGCAUUUGAUGGAUGGUGCACACAGCGGUGGCAGUGAUCUCAUCCACAAUGAUGCCCAUAGCACUGCACAGCUCGAGUUUGGCAUGUUAAACAACCACAACUCAAGUGUUCCAUCAGCACCAGGCCAAGGGCUGUCUCUGAGCCUCAAUACACAUAUCUUGGCGCCUUCCUAUCCAUACUGGUCUGCAAAGCAAGAUUUACUGACACCAAAUUCUUACCAGGGUGAUGACAACAGAAUGAAGAAUAUGCAGUCUGAGGCCUCACAGGCAAUCCGGAACUCUAAGUAUCUGAAGGCAGCACAGGAGUUGCUAGAUGAGAUUGUCAGUGUUUGGAGGAGUGUUAAACAAAAAACAGAUAAAGGCCCUGCUGAAGCAGGAAAGGCAGAUGGAAAAGAGACUGAUGGGGGGACUAAAAGUGAGGGAGUAUCUUCCGAUCCACAAGAGUCUGGUGCCAAUGCAGCAGCUGAGCUUUCGACUGCUGAGAAACAAGAGCUCCAGAAUAAGAUGGCGAAACUUAUGGCAAUGUUGGACGAGGUGGAUCGAAAGUACAAACACUAUUAUCAUCAGAUGCAACUUGUAAUGUCAUUGUUCGAUAUGGUUGCUGGUUCUGAAGCUGCCAAGCCUUAUACUGCAGUUGCCCUCCAGACAAUCUCACGGCAUUUCCGAUGUCUAAAGGAUGCUAUCAAUGAUCAAAUUAGUGUUAUCCGGAAGAAACUUGGGGAGGAUGACAAUACAUCUGGCAAAGAGGGCAAACUAACUCGCCUUCGCUAUAUCGAUCAGCAAAUAAGGCAACAGCGAGCUUUCCAACAGUAUGGUAUGCUACAGCAAAAUGCUUGGCGGCCACAGAGGGGACUACCUGAAAAUUCAGUCUCGAUUCUCGGGGCUUGGCUUUUUGAACACUUCUUUCACCCGUAUGCAAAAGAUUCCGAAAAGAUAAUGUUAUCGAGACAAACUGGGUUAACAAGAAGUCAGCGGCGACUCGUUGACGUUUCGCCACCAGUCCACGGGCACCGAGGCCAAGACCGAGGCCGACGCUGCCGCCUCGCCCGCGGCCUCGACCGCCAGCAACCCAAUCGGGAACCUGCUGACCAGUGGUCAUCGACUGGCACACUGGCACGUGGAGUGGAGCCAGUGGUCAUCGACUGGCACACUGGCACGUCAUUGGGCGCGGCGCGCGGCAGCGGCGGGGACGCGAUUGGCGGCAGCGCCGCGGGAGGCGGACGCGGCGGGGAACGUGGCCCCACGGGGCGAAGGCGAGGAGCAGCGGCGCCGCGGCGGCAGAGCGGGGGAGGAGAGGGCAGGAGGGCCUCUACGAUGGCGGCGGCGUAG